GGUUACUAUUUUUACACGAAAUCUCAAAGUCCGUCGAAAGAAAACGAUGUAAGUGAUCUUCAGUCUGAUUCGAUAGACCCGAGUCCAAAGCAGUGUUUGACAUUUUGGUAUCACAUGUAUGGGAGACACAUCAACACAUUGAAAGUAUUUCAAGUUAAAAAUACACGUUUAAUUGAACUGUGGAGGAAAUCAGCUAACCAAGGGAACAAAUGGCAUUUUCAGUCGCUGUCAUUGAAUGAUAUAGGGCGAUAUCAAAUCAUGUUUAGAGCAACUCGUGGUAAUGGAUACAAAAGUGAAAUUGCUGUUGACGAUAUUUUUAUAAACAACUCGGAGUGCAAGAAAGUAAAUGGUACCAGUGUUACAAGUGAUUCAACAACAACAGGUUUAGUUGUAGGCUUGGUUAUUGGUGGUUUAUUACUAGCAUGUGUUGUAAUUGUGAUUGCUCUUCUCAUUAGAAGGUAUCUUUAA